AUGUCGGGAAGCUGGUCAAGAACGCAGGUGAGGUGGCACUCCAACAAAAAGGAGAAGCCAGCGGUAUACCAGUCGCUGGCGCAGCAGGGGCAGUCCCUGAGGGGAGCACACAUUCUGUUGCAGUCAGACAACCGCACGGUGGUAGCCUAUAUCCGGAAGGAAGGGGGCACCAAAUCAUUGGAGCUAUACAACCUCACGCACAAGCUCCUCACUCUGAUCGAUGAGCUUCAGGUAUCUCUAUCGGCCUAUUAUCUCCCGGGAAGGUACAGCGGCACCGCAGACCAGCUGUCAAGGAAAAAGGCGCUUCCAGAGUGGCACUUACUGCCAGAGGCUACCGAAGAGGUCUUCAAACGAUGGGGCACGCCAGAAAUAGAUCUGUUCGGAUCAGCCGAAUCUGCAGUGAUCAGAACCUACGUAUCGCUAGACUGCAGAGAUCGGUCAACCCCAUUUACCGAUUGCCUUCAGUCGAACAUGGGAAUUCAGGCGCGCUUGGCUUUUUCCACCUCCCAGCCUGAUCCCAAGAGUACUAGCUCACAAACAAGAGCCAGGGUCAGUUUCUACUAG